ACAGAGAGAGAGAGAGAGAGAGACACACACACAGAGAGAGAGAGAAAGAUAAAGGGUUGAUUGCAUUCCACACACACUUGAAGCUCAGUCUCCCUAGGAGACGCAAGAUACCAGCAUGACAUUGCAACUGCAUCUACUCUAGAGCGAGACUACUGCACGACUUUAUGUCUAUAUAUGUGCCAGACCGGGAGCGAGUGUGAGGCAGAGGAAGAGAGGAAGUUAGUUUGUCAGUUGUCAGGAGGAGAGGCGUAACAGCUGGAUAACAGAAGAUAUCAAAACGAACUUAAGAGGAGCUGUGGGGUGACAGCAGAGAUGCGCGUAGGAACGAAGUGGGUUUUGCGGAGGAGUUGAUCUGUGCUCACACACACACUACCCAACCCACGAUCCCCAAGGAAGGAGGAGAGAAUGAAGAAACACUCAGCCAGAGUUGCUCCUCUCAGCUCAUAUAGCACCCAGGUGCUCACCUGCCCCAUUUCUGAAGGAGAAGAAGGUUCAGAGUCACACGCAGAGACUCCAGUCAGUGAAACUAGUGGUGAUGGUACAGCAUAUCAGGCCUGCGCCAACACAGUCCUGAAGGUGCUGGGUGGCCUCCUGGUGGUUCUGUGUGUCUCCUCAUCCUGGGUGGGCACAACACAAGUGGUCCAGCUCACGUUUAAGUCCUUUUCCUGUCCCUUUUUCAUUACCUGGUUCAGCACCAACUGGAACAUUCUCUCCUUUCCCCUCUACUACUCUGGGCAUGUGGCCACCAACAGGGAGAAGCAGACGCCCAUUCAGAAAUUCAGGGAAUGUAGUCGCUUGUUUGGGGAGGAAGGAAUGUCUCUGAAGGUCCUUCUGAAGAGAACAGCACCUUUCUCCAUCUUAUGGACGCUGACUAACUACCUGUACCUCCUGGCGCUAAGGAAACUGACCGCCACAGACGUCUCAGCACUCUACUGCUGCCACAAAGCCUUUGUCUUCCUGCUGUCAUGGAUCGUCCUCAAAGAUCGUUUCAUGGGUGUGCGGAUUGUGGCUGCCAUUAUGGCCAUCACAGGCAUUGUCAUGAUGGCAUAUGCUGAUGGUUUCCAUGGGGAUUCCUUUAUGGGUGUGGCUUUCGCAGUUGGCUCCGCCUCCACCUCAGCACUCUACAAAGUGCUGUUUAAGAUGUUCCUUGGCAGUGCCAAUUUGGGCGAGGCGGCUCACUUCUUUUCCACAAUGGGUUUCUUCAACCUCAUCUUCAUCUCCUGCGUUCCCCUUAUUCUCUACUUCACCAAAGUGGAACACUGGGGUUCUCUCUCCUCUUUGCCCUGGGGUUACCUCUGCGGGGUAGCUGGCCUCUGGCUAGUGUUUAACAUCCUGGUCAAUGUAGGAGUGGUGCUCACGUAUCCUAUUCUCAUAUCAAUUGGGACAUUACUCAGUGUUCCAGGCAAUGCAGCCAUUGAUGUGCUGAAGCAUGAGGUGAUCUUCAGUGUUGUGCGUCUGGCUGCCACCUGCAUCAUUUGCCUGGGGUUCCUGUUGCUUCUGCUUCCGGAAGAAUGGGACUCGGUCAUUCUGCGCUUCCUUGCCGCCCUGGCCGACAAGAAACCGGAGGAGCACGGCGAGGAGCUCACAGACUCCAGCAUCCACACACGCAGCCGAAGCAGAGCCAACGGAGCUGUAUCCAUCCCUAUGGCAUGACCUUUUACCUCUUUAUGAACUGGGAAUGAGUAGCCAGCAGUCAGUGACCAUUCACCAUGAGGCAGCAUUUGGGCAAAAAGAAUGAUUGCAUUUAAAGUUUGUAAAGGAAUAUAACGAAGAUACUGAAGGUAGGGAUGAUAUCCCUAAAUAAUUUCCAUAACAUCUCAACCAGUCAAAGUUGAGAACAUGCUGUUGCUAUGUGAGAAUAGCAUCACACUAAACAGGAGUAUUUACUGACAGUAUUUUUAUUUUAAAGAGGAAAUCUAGUAUUUUCUUCUCUAAGUGAGGGCCUGCCAUUUUUAUGGGGAGUAAAACUCAUAUAAUACAUAGAAAUGAAUGGACUUUCGACUAUCUCCCUCUGCACGCAAUACUUGCACCCCAGCUAGCCCUCCCCAUGGACUGUAUUCUGUGAAUAUAGACUUUGUCAGGGCCAGUUUGGCUCACUGUACACAUGAAUGCAUACAGAGACGUAUAUGAACAUGAAAUAUGAGGAUUAUUUGCAUUGUACGUAUAGUAGUAUCAUGUAUAUAUGUAGGAAAAAUAUAUUAUGCUUUAAUGAACAAGCCUUUCUUUUUCUUUUAUAAUAAAGAUCUUUAAAACUC